AUGGAGACACUCUCCCAGGAUUCCCUGCUGGAAUGUCAGAUCUGUUUUAAUUAUUACAGCCCACGACGAAGGCCCAAGUUGCUGGAUUGCAAGCACACCUGCUGCUCAGUGUGCCUCCAGCAGAUGAGGACCAGCCAGAAGGAUGUAAGGUGCCCAUGGUGCCGCGGUAUCACCAAGUUGCCCCCAGGCUUCUCUGUAUCACAGCUGCCCGAUGACCCUGAGGUCCUGGCAGUCAUUGCCAUACCGCACACUUCUGAGCACACCCCAGUCUUCAUCAAACUUCCAAGCAAUGGGUGCUACAUGCUGCCCCUGCCCAUCUCUAAGGAGCGCACACUCCUGCCGGGAGACAUGGGCUGCCGUCUGCUGCCAGGGAGCCAGCAGAAGCCCCUCACCGUGGUGACCAUCCCUGCAGAACAACAGCCCCUGCAGGGUGGAGCUCCCCAAGAGGCCGUGGAGGAGGAGCCUGACAGACGGGGUGUGGUGAAGAGUUCCACAUGGUCUGGCGUGUGCACUGUCAUCUUGGUGGCCUGUGUUUUGGUCUUCCUUUUGGGCAUCGUGCUACACAACAUGUCCUGCAUCUCUAAGCGCUUCACUGUGAUAUCUUGUGGUUGA